CGUAUUGAAAGGGAAGAUGCAGAUGUGGCAGUUCUCUUGCUGGACCUUGAGAAGGCUUACGACAGAGUCAAUUGGACUUCUGUCUUGAUAACACUGAGGGUAGCAGGAUUGGAGAGCCAUUCUGCAAGUGGGUAAAAGUCCUGUACGGAUUCUCCUUGGCAAUGACCUGCGUAAAUGGGGUUAUCUUGCAGGAGUUCAAGUUGUCCAGAGCCUUGCGUCAGGGAUGUCCCCUGGCUCCCCUCUUAUUCGUGCUGCCCCUUGAACCUCUCCUCUGUAACAUCAGAGCCCAUCCGGAGAUAGUUGGGAUCAAGUUACCAAAUGGGAACGAAUGUAGGGUGAAGGGGCUGGCAGACGACCUGUUUGCCAUUUCAAGCAAUGAGAGGCCCUCUUUGGAGGCGUUGAAGGGAUGUCUCAGAGACUUCACGGAACUGUCGGAGGCCGCUGUCAAUUGGUCUAAGUCCACUUUCUUCCUUCCUAAACAAUAUCCGAUGACGGUGCAGUGGGGCAUGGAUAGAGUACCAGUGGAUACAGCGGAGCGGUUCCUAGGAGUACAGGUGGCAUUGGACUGUUCGUCCUCGCAAGAAGCUCUGCUGCAGGAAAGGCUUAAGGCAAGGGUGAGUAGUUGGGGGAAAGCAAGACACCUCUCCCUGAUUGGGCGGGCCUUAGCGGUUAUGGCGUCAGCCUUUGCUCUGCUGUGGUACGUUGCGGUGAUCAGGAAGUUCUCUCCAACCCUCCUCAAAGCAGUCAAGGCGGUAGCCAGGCGCUUCAUUUGGAAGCCAGAAGGUGAUCCAACACGGGGUGUUAUCUCGAAAGUGGCAUGGCACACGAUAUGUGCUCCCAGAGAGGAGGGGGGUUUGUCGCUGGUAGACCCAGGGUCUCAGAACAGCUACCUGCUAGCUCGAUGGAUAGUUAGAAUUGCAGAAGCGGAGGAGGUGGGAGACUGGAUACUGCUGGCCGAAGCUCUGCUGGCCUCGGAUUGGAAGUUGGCCAGGCCUUCUGACGUUUGGGUGGUUAUUAUGACGAAAACCUUUGCAGGUAAACGUCCUAACUCUAGAUUUUGGAGGGACGUCUUGGCGGCAUGGAAACAUGCAAGGCCAACAGAAAGGGCUGCCCCUAAAUCGAAGGAGGAUGUGAAACGCCAGCCGCUCUUCGAAAAUCAGUGGAUAACAGACGACGAAGGCGCCCCCUUUUCGCUGGAAAGGAAGCCAGGAGCUUUCGGACUAAGCUGGGUCCAGAAAGAAACUGGCAUCUCUUCUGUGGCUGCAAUCUCACUUUGCAGUGCCAACCGCCCAUUGGCUAUCAGAACGUGGAAUGGAAGUGGACACGGUAUGCGAUCGUUGCCACGUAGGGGUAGAGACAGCGAGUCACCUCUGGUGGGAGUGCACCAGGUCGAGAAAAUGGUGGAGGUGGUGGGAGAUGCACUGGAGGAGAUUUGCAGGACAAGCAGGUUUCUCAGGGGAAAGGUGGGUCAUGUUGUGCGCAGUCCCCCAGACAAGGAGUAUAUCAGAGGGAUAGGGCUAUGUGGCCCAGGUGGGACGCGCGAUUAUGCUGUGGGUCAUUUGGUUGGAUCGGAACAGUCUCCGAUUUCAGGGGGAAGCGCUCUCAGAAACCCAGGCAGAAGCCACCUUCCUGUCAUUACUGGCCACUGCAAUUCAAGCAGACUUGACACGAUGGGUGAUGCAGGCAGACAGGCAGGAAGGGAGGCGCUGGUUCCAGAGAACCUGGGGCUUGGGCUUGGCCCACAUUUCCCCAGAAGGAAAGAUGGUCUUGGGUACUACUAUGCCUAUGUUUAUCUAGGGACUCCACCCAAGAGAUUUGCACUGAUUGUUGAUACCGGGAGCACAGUCCUGUAUGUCCCUUGCAGCUCUUGUCUGAAGUGCGGAACACAUCAGGAUUUAGCAUUUGCUCCCAAAGCCUCAACCACGUACAGGAGGAUUCCAUGCUCGAGGAGCUGCGAUCAGUGUUCGGAUGAUGCUCCUCGACAGUGCAUGUACCAGAGACACUAUGCAGAAGACAGCACAAGCAAAGGGUUACUCGCAAGUGAUGUGAUCGGAUUUGGUGAGAAAAGCACAAUUCAAGGAGCUCGUAUUAAUUUUGGAUGCGAGCUGUUUGAGUCAGGUGACAUCUACUUGCAGAGAGCGGAUGGCAUCAUUGGCCUGGGAAGAGGAACGUUGAGCGUGGUUGAUCAGCUAGUGAAUCAACAGGCAAUGGAAGAUGCAUUUUCUAUCUGCUAUGGUGGUAUGGGGGAAGUGGGAGGGGCCUUGUUGCUUGGAUCAAGCCUGCCGCCCCCGGAUAUGAAGUUCACUCUUCUCGAUCUCCAGAAGAGCUAUUACUACUGUGUGGUGCUCGAAGGCGUACGACUGGACGGGGAAACUUUGGAUGUGCCCGCUGACAUCUACACAGAGGGCUAUGGAGCUGUUUUGGACAGUGGAACCACUUUUGCAUACCUUCCGUCACAGGCGUUCCAUGCGUUCAAGAAAAAGGUUGUGGCAACAAUCGAUCUGGAGCGGGUUGACGGUCCAGAUCCCAACUUCCAAGAUAUAUGCUUCGCGGGCGCUUCCAGUGAUACUUCAGAGCUAGGGGACUUCUUCCCAACUGUGGAGUUUGUUUUCCAGGGGAAUGUUUCGAUCAGCUUGGCACCAGAGAACUACCUUUUUAUGCACAAGAAAAGAAAAGGAGCUUAUUGCUUUGGAUUUUUCAAAAACCCUGAUAGAGGCACUCUGAUUGGAGGGAUUGCUGUGCGGAAUAUGCUGGUAACCUAUGACCGGGCCAAUGCGAAAGUGGGGUUUGCAUCCAGGAAAUGCAGCACGCUCUUGGAUAAUAUACCCCCAGUCAUUCCUUCGACAAGCUAUGGGAGCACUACUCCACCUGAUAGUGUUUCUUCUAUGCCAGCAUCUGAUGCUUAUCCGGCACAAGAUUCUCAAUCUUCUCCUGAAUCCAACUUUCCGCCUGCUUUGGAGUCGGUGUCUCUGGCCUCCAGUGAGGUAGUUCCUCUGGCUUCCGAUGAAAUAGUUCCUCCAGGCUCGAGUCAGCUGGCUCCCUGGUCAGCCCCACCAUCAACUCCACUGUUUGUCACACCAAAUAGACCUAGCCAGGAGAGUCGUCCUCUCCAAGGCGUUGAUCACGGAAACCUCUCUCAGCCUGAUACAUCUGAGCAAGUGAAGAAUGGUGGUAAUGAAACUCCCUUGGCUAAUACAACUUCACCACCUCGAGAAGUUUGCCCUGGAUGCGCUCUGAAGAUACUUGUAAAUAUCACUCUGCUGGACCCAGUUACAUUUGACACAGAGCUUCGGUCAGGCUUUAUAGAUGAUAUGGCCCGCGAGUUGGGUUUGGCUGUUCCCCAGGUUGUAGUCAUGAAGUAUAAUGAAGACAUGCAGUGCAUCCAGUGCGUCAUACUUCCCGAAAAAUCCAGACUAUAUCUCCCAGCCAACGUGACAAUGGGCCUUGUAAAUCGGUUACAGAACAAGACGGCCGUGCAUUUCCGGGAUGCAGUAGGAGAUUACAACGUCACGAGCAUCUAUGUUAUGCCAGUCACUGCACAGUCUAUGAAAGCAAGGUGCGUCGGUUUCGGCGUACCUUUGGGUGGCGUGCUCGCGGUCGAUCUUCGCAAGAUAGGAGCGGAGAUCGGCAACCGCUACCCCGUCGUCCGUCAACGGAGCUGGUACUGUAGUGUGCAAGUAGAAGCGUAGAUUUGUCAUCAAGGCGUUGCAAUGCGGCCUUGGCAAUGUUCCGGUUGAGG